AUGACAGACCAGAACAUCCCAGACACCUUUCUCCGGGGCCCAUCCCCCAACGCAACCCUCCACAAACUCGACUUCACUCAAACCAAUCCCCCAAUCCCGAAAUUCAAAGACAACUUCGCCGCAAUAGUAAACAACCUCCUAACAGAAACCGAAUGCAAAGAACUCCUCCGCGUAGCAGAAGACUCAACGCGGACCGUUCUCCCAAACUCAACCCUUUCCCCACCAACCUGGGAACGCGCCAUGAUCAACGCCGGCGGCGGCAAACAAAUUAUGUCCGUCGACUCCCGCAAAAGCGGCCGCGUCAUCCUCGAUUCGCCCGAUCUUGCAGCCAGAAUUCUGGACAGAUUGAUGCCGUUCAUGCGCGAGUGCGGCAUUGAUCGAGUGACGGAUAUGCCGAUGGUUACGGGUCUUGGGCCUGCGAAGCGCGGGGAAGUUUUGCGUCUUACUCGGUUGAAUGAGCGGAUGAGGUUUUUGCGAUAUGAGGGGGGUGAUUAUUUUCGCCCGCAUUGGGAUGGGUGUUAUGUUACGCCUGAUGGGAGGGAAAAGUCGCUUUUUACGGUGCAUUUGUAUUUGAAUGGGGAUGGUGAGCAAGAUGUGGAGGAGUUGGAGAGGAGGAUUGAAAAGGCGGAGAAGGAGAAGUAUCUGUGGUCGAGUGGGGGUGAGGUUGACCUGGCUCAGAUUGGGGCUUUGGAGGUUGAGGAUGGGGGUGGGGAGGAGGGCGAAGGGGAGAAGACGGCGGUUGAGACUUUAGAGGCGAGUGAGACGCUGCUUGGUGGUGCGACUUCGUUUAUGGCUGCGAUGAACUCGAAGGAGGUUGUCAGGGUGUUUCCGAGGACGGGGUCUGUUCUUAUCUUUCAGCAGAGGAAUCUAUUUCAUAGUGGGGAUGAUGUAUUUAGAGGUGUCAAGUACACUGUGCGGACGGAUGUUAUGUAUGCUACUGAGUGA